GGACCCCAACACCUUCCUGGAAAACUUCAACCGCGGGCGUAACUUUGAGCAGGGAGCCAAUGACUACGCUGGCCAAAGAGGCCGAGACGCUGGGCGCAGCAGAUGGGGACGCAAUGACCGAGAUGACUACGGCCCAGCCAAGAGGGCUCGCUACUAGACGUGCUGUUUAUAGGACUAUUGCGUGCAUGUAGCCUAUAAUGGGCCUUAGACUGGAAGGCUCGCUUAACAUUGAUGGAAAAUCUUGUGUGCUAGAGUGGUUGGGCCUAUAGUAGACAACACAGGGGUUGGCAUAGUAAAGGUCUAAUCCCAUGCUCUUAUACAAGCACCUAAUACAUUAAGAGAAGAGAAUUUCUAAAGUUUUGGAUACCCUCCAUUGUAUUUUAUUGCAAGCAAUGCCAUAAGGUUUGCUCUUAAAGAACUUGUUACACCAUAUGAAUGUUACAUAAGGUACAAUAAUAUUUCUGCUUAUCUUUUCAUUCUUGACUCCUAGUUUUGAUGACCUAUUAAUACAUAAGAUUAAGUUUCUUGCAGGUUAGAUUCAGUAGUAGCUUGAAACAUGUAAACUAUAUUACAAUACAGUGUGACAAGUAUUCCAAUAAUGGGUUUGAUGAGUUAACCCGAGCUGCUUAGAUUAUAAGUGAAGAUGUGAAGUGUUUUAUGUCAAAUGGUACUAGAUAUUUUGGUAAGACUCAAGUUUUAUUUUAUAUUAUUGUGUAGUGGUAAAGUUUUCAUUUUUUAUUGUCACAAUUGUACAAAGUUUGAGUUUCUCUUCAUAAUUUGUAUGAAUUUUUCUUGUCUUAUCUUCAUAAUAAAUGUCAAUCUAUAAAAAGAAA